AUGGAUGCAGAUUCUAGACAUUUUCGGGAGAAUAUACGGUUCUUCAACGGGCAUUUCGCCUUCACAACCCUUGGCGUCAGCCUUGAUGAAAACUACACAAACAUGAAGUUUGGGGUUUACACAUUCCGAGCACACGGCACCAUCUACCACAAUGUGCAUUCGUUCGGGCCUAGCUCCCAUCCAGAAGAUCUGCAGUUGUACUUCUAUGAUGACGACCCAAACCUAACUCAUCGUAAGGCGGCCACCAAGCAAUUAGACCAGGAUGUCGUGAAGAGAUUAGUAGACAUACUCAAAGAAAAUCCAUACUCCCGGCAAUUUAGGAGUAUGGGUGCACACAAGGACAACCUCGAUGAUUAUAGGAUAGACCUAAACACCGAUAAGAGGCUUGACCAAAGAAGAUAUAAUAGACCGGUGUCAUCUGAGGUCGCUGCAAUUUGGGUUGAGGGUAAUGACCUAGCAAAAAGGUUUGACCGCAGGAUAACACUUUGUGGUAACAAGAACGAAAGGCAUAGUAUACGCGUGACGUCAGGAGCAUAUGACCCGCUGUCUUAUCCCUUAUUCUAUCCAAGGGGGGAGCUUGGUUGGCAUCCGAGGCUACCUAAACGUAAUGUUUCUUGGAAGAUCGUACAACAUCCAAUACUGGGCCAUAAUGAUGAGGAGGAUGCAGAGGGGAAUAGCAGGUUGUGCGUCUCUGUCAGAGACUACUACUGUUACAUGUUGCAGACACGGCCUGCGAUCUUCAAUCCCAUACUCUGUGGAGCACGCCUGCUGCAGCAAUGGGCGGUCGACAUGUACGUCAAGAUUGAAAGUUGUCGGUUGAGGUGGUACAGGAAGAACCAGACGCAGAUUCGUGCCGACUUGUAUAAAGGAGUUGUUGAUGCGAUUACAUCGGGUGAGACACGAGCAAGCGCUGUUGGGGUAAGAAUAGUGCUCCCUGGAACAUACCCUGGUGGCGAUCGUGACAUGAAGAAGAGGCAUAUGGAUGCCAUGGCAAUUGUCCAUACAUACGGGAAGCCUGACAUCUUCCUGACCAUGACUUGCAAUCCUAAAUGGGAAGAGAUAACGAAUGAGUUGCUGCCUGGUCAGAUGGCGCAAGACCGUCCUGAUAUUGUGGCUCGCGUGUUCUACGGCAAACUAGAGGCUAUGAAAGAUUUGUUGUUCAAGAAGCAGAUCCUGGGUGUUGUUGUCGCUUAUGUAUACGUAGUCGAGUUCCAAAAAAGAGGCCUCCCCCACGCACAUUUUUUGUUGAUCAUGGACUCAACAUAUAAGCUUAUUGUCCCGGAGCAGUAUGACCGACUCAUUUCCGCAGAGCUCCCAGACAAGCAUAAGUAUCCGGAAUUGUAUGCAAUGGUGGUAAAACAUAUGAUGCACGGACCAUGCGGUGCUCUCAACCCGAAGAAUGUUUGCAUGCAAGAAAACAGAUGCAAGUGCAGAUACCCACGGUCGUACAAUGAAAACACAGCACAAGGGAAGGACUCAUACCCAGUUUAUCGGCGUAGAGACGAUGGAAGACGUGCUAAGGUCCGAGGGAAGAUGUUGGACAACAGAUGGGUUGUGCCUUAUAACCCAUACCUUCUGCGGAUGUUCAAUUGCCACAUCAACGUUGAGGUCUGCUCUAGCAUAAAGGCCGUCAAAUAUCUUUAUAAGUACAUUUACAAGGGUCAUGAUAAGGCUUCUUUCAGCAUCGACCAGCCCGACGCCGAUGGUAACAUUGAUGAGAUCAAGAGAUACGUUGACGCCAGAUGGGUCACCCCUCCGGAGGCUAUGUGGAGGAUAUUUGGCUUCCCACUUUGCGCCAAUUACCCGCCUGUCUUGCAGUUGCCUCUUCAUCUCCCGAAUAUGCACAGGGUUGCAUUCAAUGCGCAGGCUGACUUGAAGAAUGUUGUCGCCUCCGAAAAUGCUUCAAAAUCCAUGUUAACGGAGUAUUUCAAGGCUAACCAGGAACACCCUCGGGCUAGGCAUAUAUUGUACAAGGAUUUUCCCAGAAGCUUCACGUGGCAGAAGAAAACGAAGUUUUGGAAGCCGCGGGUCGAGCGUUUUCAAAUAGGUCGCAUCGUGUCUGCCAAUCCUGCCGAGGGGGAGCGAUACUAG